AUGAUGAUACAGUACUCUCACCACACCAGCAGGCAGUCGCUCACCACACCAGGCAGUCGCUCAUCACACCAGCAGGCAGUCGCUCACCACACCAGGCAGUCGCUCAUCACACCAGCAGGCAGUCGCUCACCACACCAGCAGGCAGUCGCUCACCACACCACCAGGCAGUCGCUCUCCACACCAGCAGGCAGUCGCUCACCACACCAGCAGGCAGUCGCUCACCACACCAGCAGGCAGUCGCUCACCACACCAGCAGGCAGUCGCUCUCCACACCAGCAGGCAGUCGCUCUCCACACCAGCAGGCAGUCGCUCUCCACACCAGCAGGCAGUCGCUCUCCACACCAGCAGGCAGUCGCUCACCACACCAGCAGGCAGUCGCUCUCCACACCAGCAAGCAGUCGCUCUCCACACCAGCAGGCAGUCGCUCUCCACACCAGCAGGCAGUCGCUCUCCACACCAGCAGGCAGUCGCUCUCCACACCAGCAGGCAGUCGCUCUCCACACCAGCAGGCAGUCGCUCUCCACACCAGCAGGCAGUCGCUCUCCACACCAGCAGGCAAGUACUCUCUCCACACCAGCAGGCAGUACUCUCACCACACCAGCAGGCAGUACUCUCACCACACCAGCAGGCAGUACUCUCACCACACCAGCAGGCAGUACUCUCACCACACUAGCAGGCAGUACUCUCACCACACCAGCAGGCAGUACUCUCACCACACCAGCAGGCAGUACUCUCACCACACCAGCAGGCAGCAGUACUCUCACCACACCAGCAGGCAGUACUCUCACCACACCAGCAGGCAGUACUCUCACCACACCAGCAGGCAGUACUCAUACCACACCAGCAGGCAGUACUCUCACCACACCAGCAGGCAGUACUCUCACCACACCAGCAGGCAGUACUCUCACCACACCAGCAGGCAGUACUCUCACCACACCAUACAGUACUCUCACCACACCAGGCAGUACUCUCACCACACCAGGCAGUACUCUCACCACACCAGGCAGUACUCUCACCACACCAGGCAGUACUCUCACCACACCAGGCAGUACUCUCACCACACCACCAGGCAGUACUCUCACCACACCAGGCAGUACUCUCACCACACCAGGCAGUACUCUCACCACACCAGGCAGUACUCUCACCACACCAGGCAGUACUCUCACCACACCAGGCAGUACUCUCACCACACCAGGCAGUACUCUCACCACACCAGGCAGUACUCUCACCACACCAGGCAGUACUCUCACCACACCAGGCAGUACUCUCACCACACCAGGCAGUACUCUCACCACACCAGGCAGUACUCUCACCACACCAGGCAGUACUCUCACCACACCAGGCAGUACUCUCACCACACCAGGCAGUACUCUCACCACACCAGGCAGUACUCUCACCACACCAGGCAGUACUCUCACCACACCAGGCAGUACUCUCACCACACCAGGCAGUACUCUCACCACACCAGGCAGUACUCUCACCACACCAGGCAGUAUUCUCACCACACCAGGCAGUACUCUCACCACACCAGGCAGUCGCUCACCACACCAGGCAGUACUCUCACGGCCACACCGUAGUCGGCAGUCGUAG